AUGCACAAUGGUUUCACUCAUCAUCUGUCACGCCCAAAACAACGUGUGAUGUCACAACUUGAGCGAGAACUGAUUGAACGAGCCAGGGAGCGAGGCGUCGAUCGAGCUACCGCUCGUCAAACGCUCACGGACAAACUGUUGUGGAGGGAGAAAGGCGAAGUGGCGUCUAUUCGCAUGCUUCGAUGGGCAUUGCUAGUCCUGAGCAAGGACUCUGCUGGUGUUAUUCCUAACGAAAUAUGUGCCGUGGUGAUGGAAAACGCCAAAGUCGUUGGCGAAAUGCGCCUGAUUCGUCGUGGAUUCCAGCCAAAAACAUCCCGAAAUGCGCAAAAUGUGCGUAAUAUUACGUGGGAUCCUAGUCUUCCAUCGGAAGUGAACAUGGCCGCUGUUCAACUAGUUAAAUUUGUCCAAGGUACAUGGAACGGUCUUGUCAUGAUUCCUGAACAUCAAAUGAGUCGACUUGGCAUAGCAAUGCACUGGAUGAAGCAGACCAGGGACGCGUACUGUAGACGUGACACUAGCACCAUGCGCUUGGAUCGCAUAAUGUGCCUCGAAGAUAUCAUCACAGUAUUUCGACAAGUUAACGACAGAAGCACAAUAGACGUUGAAGAAGACGAGCAGUACGAGCAACUACGUGAUCUCGAGCUCAGUGAUACAAUACUCUUCGCUAGGGCAGCCGCUGAAUAUUUUGCAAGAGUCAUGAAAAUGUGUACAGUUCCAACGACAGAAACCACAGUUCAACAUAAUCAACAAGUGGACACCUCAGCAAGUUCGUCAUCUACAGAAGCCACCACAAUUCAGGCACGUGGUGACAGCUGCUGGACACUUGGUCCACCUAUAUGUUCAGAGGUGAAAGGCCCUGAACUAUAUCCAAUACUUUUUGAACCGCCAAAACGACGAAUAUACGGAAAGCUAGCAUCGAAUCCAUUCAACAAACCAGCAAACACGCAACCACCUGAACCAGAGCUUUCACAUGUUGCUCGCUGGCUGGAUACGAUUCGUUUAGAUGAUAUUGAAGAAUACCAUGAACCAUUCCCUGAACCAUAUGACGAUUCUGAUGAAACAACAGAAACCUCCUAUCCAACAGAUGUGGUGUGCGAUAAAUAA